CCGACGUUGUGGGCGAAGGAAACGAAAGCGAAGAAGCUUGUUGGCUUACUUGAAUAUAAUUUGAUUUUAUCAAAUAAACACCGCAGUUUAUUAUCUGGUAAAAAUUCCAGCGGCUGGAAAAACUUUUUCCUUGUUGAAUCCCGGUUUUGGAACCGGACGAGCAGCUGCUAUCAAGCCAGAAUCUCUUCAAAUAAGCGGAGGCAUCCAGUGAACGUCAGAAAGACAAACGAUGAUGGUGUUUGAACUGGCAGCACUCUGAGUUCUCCCGCAGAAGACAUCUAAUGAAAAAUUACUGCAACCUAACAGAAUCCAGUAUGGAGGAUAAGGCAAAUGGCUCAGUCGACACCAAAAGCCCAGUGGAGAACGGUCAGCUGCCAGACCCUUCCAACUGGGGGGUUGCUGACGUUGUCAAUUAUUUCAAAGCAACAGGGUUUGAGGAGCAAGCCACAGCUUUCCAAGAUCAGGAAAUUGACGGCAAGUCUUUGCUGCUGAUGACGCGUAACGACGUCCUGACGGGGCUGUCGAUAAAACUCGGCCCCGCCCUGAAAAUCUACGAGUACCACGUGAAGCCGCUGCAAACUCAGCACCUGAAGACCAACGCGUCGUAGCGCGGCCAGCUGCCCCGCCACCCACCUCAGCGACAAUCAAUCCUGUCAGGAGACUCCAGGUUAGCUGCGGCUUCACAAAGACUCUUCUGCCAACAGCGGCACCUUGACAAGAUUUGAAUGCUGUAUGUUUUUUAUUGUAUUGUUUGUUUUUUGUUUUUUUUUAUAAGCGUGAAUCCCAAAAAAGAAAUGGUCUGCACACUGCGUCCACUCAGCUGUUUACCCUUUCAGCCAUUCUUGUUUCUGCUGCUUGAGAUGAUGUAUUUUUUGUGUUUUAUUUAAAAAGAUUUAGAGUGAUUAUUCUAAAGUUUAGUUUAAUGUGUGGUGUAUGUAUGUAUGCGUGCAAAGUUAAUUAACCUGUAAUGGGUUUGUGUUUUGUAAAAGUAUUUGUAUAUAAGAUUAUAUAUAGAUGAAAAGGAUGUAUGUUCUGUCAUAUCUGAACACUUUAUUACCUGCAGAAAAUGAUUAUGAUGCCUCCAUGUCCCCCCCCCCCCCUAAUUUAGUCUUUAUGUUCAAACCUGCACAUCUGAGUCCAUGAUUUGUCCUGAGCAUGUAACGACGAUGCAUUUGCUUUCCCCAGGACUUUACCUGAAGCCUCUUUGUUUCUGUACACGAGGCUCUUGAUAUGAAAAUCUUUGUGUAUAUAUUCUUAUUAUGUACCUACCUGUGGUGCUCUCAGCUGUGUCACACAGACAGCUGUGUUGAAGUGUUCAUAACCCAUGUGUAAGUGCAACAUAACACUGGAGUGUAAAUAUCUUUAGACUAAAAUUGAUGAUAAACGGUGCUUUUUCUCUCUCCAAAGAACAUCGGUUUGACUUUA